UCUUCCUUGUUUUCUCUCACUACUUUCAUGAGAGAGAGAGAGAGAGAGAGAGGAAUGAUUGAGAAAAUCGUUUUGUUAUUAUUGUACGUUUUACGCUCACCUUCAAUGGCGGGGACCCGUUUUUGUCCAUUACCUUCAUCAUUUCCAUGCUUCGUUGGCCUUCGUUCUUUAUCAUGAUUUUAAUUCAUUCUGAUCCAAUUUCCCCAUCUUCGAUCGAUCUUUCCAGUUCUUUUCAUUUUGUUCUUCGUGUUCUUCAUUUUUCUGUUUCUGGAUUUGUUGUUUGAUUUGCUGGAAAUGAGAGAUUUCGAUUGGAAUUGUUCUUUUUCAGCGCAUCUGGAUUUUGGUUCAUUUUGAUUAAACUGAGAAACUUCAUUGAUUUUGAGUUGAAAUUUUUCUGGAUUUGGCGAGUUUUUCUCUGUUCUUUGUCUUUCUGGCUUUUCAGCACUGUGUGGUUCUGAUUCAUUUGCUGAAACUGAGAAACUCCAUUGAUUCUGAGUUGAAAUUAGUGAGUGUUCGGGGAUUUUAUAAGCUAUGUUUUCGCUGUUCUUCUUCAUCCGAUGAACUCCAUUGAUUCUGAGUUGAAAUCAGUGAGUGUUUGGGGAUUUUAUAAGUUAUGUUUUCUCUGUUCUUAUUCAUCUGAUGAACUCCAUUGAUUCUGAGUUAAAAUCAGUGCGUGUUCGCGGAUUUUACAAGUUGUCUUCUCUCUGUUCUUCUUCAUCUGAUGAACUCCAUUGAUUCUGAGUUGAAAUCAGUGCGUGUUCGCGGAUUUUACAAGUUUUCUCUCUGUUCUUCUUCAUCUGAUGAACUCCAUUGAUUCUGAGUUGAAAUCAGCGAGUGUUCGAGGAUUUUACAAGUUAUCUUCUCUCUGUUUUUCUUCAUCUGAUGAACUCAAUUGUUUAUCUGCAAUUAUGCUCUCAUUAAUCUGCUGAAACUUACAAGUUCUUCAAAUUUUGAAUCAAAAUCUGCUCAAAAUCGUCUUCGAAUUUAUUUCAUCUAAAUAAACUCGUCGAUCCAUGGCUGGAAUGUUGCCUGGAGUUGAAUGCGCGAGACGGCGGCGGUUCCACCAGAGCAUAACGUCAUCGGACUCGGCGUCCACGGCGGCGAAAUUAGGAUCCACAAGAAGGUCCUCCUUCUGUUUGUAUGCAAGCAACCGUGAUUUCCACCUCACUUCAUCUUCUUCACAGCAACGGUGCUCUUCGAAUCACGCUUACCAGGACGAGAAGCUUGGGCAAGCUGCAAGAGAAGCUAAGGAACGGUUGGAUGAGAGGUUGAGAACGCACAGAAAACCUGAGAAUUCAAGGAAGAAGAGUAGUAGUGAAGAAGUAGGAUUGAAGAAGGAGAAAGCGAAGGGAAAGGAAGAAACAACAACGAAGAAGAGGUUCGGUUGGGGGAAGCUAAUGAAAUGGAAAGCCUCCGAACAGGAAGAGUGCACUGUUUGUCUCGAAAAGUUCAGAGCGACCGAGCCACUAGUCCAUCUUCCAUGCGCUCACAAGUUCCACUCCGCCUGUUUGGUCCCUUGGCUCCAAGCUAAUGCUUAUUGUCCUUGUUGUAGGUACCCUAUUCUCGCUCAAUAACAAACGAGAAGUUAUUGGAACAAAAUCAGUUUGGUCUGAUUUAGAUGAUUCAGCUUUCCACAAUUUAAUUCAUUUUAUUAUCCAAAAUACAAAUUGGAGAUUAUUAAAUAUUACUAUUACACCAC